CCCCAGCAGAUGUCGUUGCACGAAGAUAUGGGAUAUAAAGGUGGACCUCCGAAUAGCAGAAGACACAGUCUGCCCCCUGAACAGAACAAGCCUUCAUCAUGCAGUUUCUGAACCUUGCCCUCUUCCUGGGUCUUCUUGCCGGGUCCCUCGCUGGCUACACCAGCUACGCUCCAGGAGUUAGCUACGGCUAUCGCACCGGUCUCGGCUAUGGCGGAUACUACGGAUCCCGAUUCGGCCAUGUCUUUGGUGGAGCCCUCGCCUCACCAGCCGUCGCCAGCUACGGCUACGGAGUCUCAUCCCCAGUUGUGAGCCACGCCGUUGCCACCCCAGCUGUUGCCAGUUACGGUUACGGAGUUUCAUCCCCGGUUGUCGGCCACGCCGUUGCCGCCCCAGCUGUUGCCAGUUACGGGUACGGAGUCUCAUCCCCAGUUGUGAGCCACGCCGUUGCCACCCCAGCUGUUGCCAGUUACGGUUACGGAGUUUCAUCCCCUGUUGUCGGCCACGCCGUUGCCGCCCCAGCUGUUGCCAGUUACGGGUACGGAGUCUCUGCUCCAGUCGUCAGUCACGCUGUAGCUACUCCAGCCGUCCGUGCUGUUGCUGCUGCACCAGCUGUUAGCUACGCCCGUUACUCUGUUGCCCGUCCAGCUGUUGCGUCCUACUCCGUUGCUUCUCCAGCUGUCUCUGUGGCUGCUCCAGCUGUCCACACUGUUGCUGCCGCCCCCACCGUUAGCUACGCCCGUUACUCUGUUGCCCGUCCAGCUGUUGCGUCCUACUCCGUUGCUUCACCAGCCGUCUCUGUAGCUGCCCCAGCUGUCUCUGUGGCUGCUCCAGCUGUCCACACUGUUGCUGCUGCCCCAGCUGUUAGCUACGCCAGGUACUCUGUUGCCCGCCCCGCCGUCGCCUCCUACUCGGUUGCUAGCCCAGCUGUCUCAGUCGCUGCCCCAGCUGCUGUUGCCACCACGCUCCACCAUGCUCCAUCUGCAGCCGUUGUAGCUGCCCCAGCUGUUGCUUCCUACGGUGUUGGAUACGGACAUGGUCUCGGCUACGGCAUCGGCUAUACUGGUCUUGGCUACGGACACGGCGUCAACUACGGUCUUGGCUAUGGCGGUGUGGGCUAUGGUCUUACCACUGGCUACGGUCUUGGUGGAUACAACUAUGGACUCGGAGGACACUACUACAACCUCCACAAGAAAACUCUGGCACUUUUUCUCGGCCUGGUCGCCUCUGCUCUGGCUCAUCCCCCCGUCUACACUCCAAGCUACUAUGGAGGUUACUACGGGUCUCGCUACGGUCACGUCCUUGGUGGAGCCCUCGCCGCUCCAGCUGUAGCCAGCUAUGGGUACGGCGUUGCUGCCCCGGUUGUGAGCCACGCCGUGGCUGCUCCGGCGGUCGCUAGCUACGGUUACGGAGUGGCUGCCCCAGUCGUCAGUCAUGCUGUCACCGCUCCAGUUGUAAGCCACGCCGUUGCCGCCUCAGCCGUCAGCUACGCUCGUUACGCUGUUGCUCGGCCAGCUGUCGCUUCGUACUCCGUGGCUGCCCCAGCUGUCCACGCUGUUGCCUCCCCAGCCGUCAGCUACGCUCGUUACGCCGUUGCCCGGCCAGCUGUCGCUUCGUACUCCGUGGCUGCCCCAGCUGUCCACGCCGUCGCCGCUCCAGCCGUCACAACCACCGUUGCCCGUCCAGCAGUAGCCUCCUACUCAGUUGCUGCUCCAGCGGUAGCCUCCUACUCAGUUGCUGCUCCAACAGUUGCCGUUGCCCGUCCAGCAGUAGCCUCCUACUCAGUUGCUGCUCCAGCUGUGACCGUUGCUCGCCCAGCUGCUGCUGUUGUUGCUGCUGCUCCGGCCGUUACUGUCGCUCGCCCUGCUGUCGCUUCCUACUCAGUUGCUGCCCCAGCUGUGACCUAUGCUCACCGUGCCGCCGCUGUAGUUGCUGCCCCAGCUGCUGUUACCACGACCGUUCACCACGCUCCAGCAGCUGCCGUGGUUUCUGCCCCAGCCUCCUAUGGAGUUACAUACGGACACGGGCUUGGCUACGGCCUCGGCUACACCGGGCUCGGCUACGGACACGGUCUUUCCUACGGUCUCGGAUACAGUGGACUCGGCUACGGUCUGAGCCACGGUUACGGUCUGGGUGGAUACAGCUACGGCCUCGGAGGACACUACUAUGAUGUCUACAAGAAGAAAUAAACGAACGCAUCGAGUGCACGUGGCUUGCGAAUCUACCAACUGGAAUGACAAAGAGGAAGACAAACAGGAUGACGUUGAUAUUGGCGAACAAAUAAAUAAAUAAAAGGGGAGAGAUAAGCAGGAUAAACUCAUUAGGGCCAGGGGAUGGAAUUGUAACGCAGUGCUCGAUUCCCCACAACCGCUAGAAAGCGAUAUUUUGUUGUGACAUGCAGUCUAAUAAAAUUGUAUGGAUUGUGAA